AUGGUGUCGGAAGCUGACUACGACGGGUUCAAUCCCAAACGGAGGAGGCUCGAAUUCUCCAGAUCCAGGGGCAACAAGUACCAAGAUGGAUCUCGAAGCUCUACACCACGCGACCAGUCUCGGUAUCCUUCAACGCCUCGAGAGCCCGACCAACCCCAGCCAACAGAGGAAGAUUCUUUAGCGCUGGAUCGCGAUUGGUACGGCGGCGACGAAUUCGGAGGACACACGUUUGGCGAUGAGGCGUAUAACCCGUUCGCAUCCUACGAGCUUUCGGCAUGGGAGAGCCAGCAACAGGAGUCGGCCAAGGCCGAGAAGAUGACGAGCCGAUAUGACGCCAGGCAGGAGCAGAGAAGGCGAGAAAACGAUGCCUGGGAAACCAAUCGUAUGCUGGUAUCCGGCGUAGCACAACGAAGAGAUCUGGCCGCCGACUUCGACGAGGAGGAAGCAACCAGAGUUCACCUGCUCGUUCACGAUUUACGGCCGCCAUUCCUUGAUGGAAAGACAAUCUUCACCAAACAACUCGAGCCAGUCCCGGCCGUCAGGGACUAUCAAAGCGACAUGGCCGUCUUCAGUCGGAAAGGAAGCAGGGUUGUGAAAGAUGCCCGCCAGCAAAGAGAGCGGCAGAAGCAGGCACACGAAGCUACGAGCAUCACGGGCACAGCUCUCGGAAACAUUAUGGGGGCUAAAGAGGAGGAUGGUGAUAGUGCGCUACCGAUGCCUGGCGAGGAGGAUGUCGAAAAGAGCGAACGCAAGGGCAACAAGUUCAGCGAGCAUAUCAAGAAUGCGGAAGGGGCCAGCGAUUUCAGCAAGAGCAAGACGUUGCGCGAGCAACGAGAAUACCUGCCCGCAUUUGCGGUCCGCGAAGAGCUCCUACGAGUGAUACGGGAGAACCAAGUGAUUAUUGUCAUCGGCGAAACGGGCUCAGGAAAGACAACUCAGCUCACCCAGUUUCUGUACGAAGAUGGCUACGGGAAGACUGGUAUGAUUGGGUGUACGCAGCCGCGACGAGUGGCCGCAAUGAGUGUUGCCAAGCGUGUGGCCGAAGAGAUGGAAGUAAAGUUGGGGAGCACGGUUGGAUAUGCCAUUCGAUUCGAGGACUGCACCAGCAACGACACCACCAUCAAAUAUCUGACGGAUGGAAUUUUACUCCGAGAGUCACUCAACGAACCUGACCUGGACAGAUAUUCCUGCAUCAUCAUGGAUGAAGCUCACGAACGGGCCUUGAACACCGACAUCUUGAUGGGACUUUUUAAGAAGAUAUUGCAAAGGCGGCGAGAUUUGAAGCUCAUUGUCACGUCUGCGACGAUGAAUGCAAAGAAGUUUUCUGACUUUUUUGGCGGUGCCCCUGAAUUUACGAUUCCGGGACGAACUUUUCCCGUCGACGUCCUGUUCCACCGAUCUCCCGUCGAAGAUUAUGUUGAUCAGGCAGUCCAACAAGUACUCUCCAUCCAUGUAUCCAUGGAUGCCGGCGACAUUCUCGUGUUCAUGACCGGUCAGGAAGACAUUGAAAUCACAUGCGAGCUUGUUCAGAAACGCUUGGACGCUUUGAAUGAUCCGCCAAAAUUGAGCAUACUCCCAAUCUACAGUCAAAUGCCAGCAGACCUGCAGGCUAAAAUCUUUGACAGGGCGGCUCCAGGAGUUCGCAAAUGCAUUGUUGCGACAAACAUUGCCGAGACAAGUUUGACUGUCGACGGUAUCAAAUACGUUGUUGACGCAGGCUACUCGAAAAUGAAGGUGUACAACCCAAAGAUGGGCAUGGAUACCCUUCAGAUUACGCCCAUCUCCCAGGCCAACGCAGGGCAGCGUUCGGGUCGCGCUGGUCGAACAGGGCCAGGAAAGGCGUUUCGCCUGUACACCGAAAAAGCAUUCAAGGAAGAGUUGUAUAUCCAAACGAUUCCCGAAAUUCAACGGACCAAUCUGUCCAACACGGUUCUGAUGCUGAAAUCGCUCGGAGUCAAAGACUUGCUGGAUUUCGACUUUAUGGAUCCACCUCCCCAAGAUACCAUUUCCACGUCCAUGUUCGAUCUAUGGGCCCUAGGAGCUUUGGACAACCUGGGAGAACUGACCGAGCUCGGGCGGAAGAUGAGCGCCUUCCCCAUGGACCCUCCCUUGGCCAAGCUUCUCAUUACUGCGGAAGAGUACGGCUGCAGCGAAGAAAUGGUUACGAUUGUAUCCAUGCUAUCGGUGCCAAACGUGUUUUACCGGCCAAAAGAGCGGCAAGAUGAAGCUGAUACGCAGCGAGAGAAGUUUUGGGUCCACGAGUCGGACCAUCUUACCUACCUCCAAGUGUAUUCGGCAUGGAAAGCCAACGGAUAUUCGGACGGAUGGUGCAUCAAGCAUUUCCUUCACGCCAAGUCUCUAAGACGUGCAAAGGAAAUUCGAGAGCAGCUCUUGGACAUUGUCAAGAUGCAGAAGAUGCAACUGAUUAGCUGUGGCAUGGACUGGGAUGUUAUUCGCAAAUGCAUCUGCUCUGGAUACUACCACCAAGCGGCCAAGUACAAGGGGUCCGGCGAAUACACCAACUUGAGAACAAAUCUCGGAGUGCAGCUGCACCCCACAAGUGCCCUGUACGCUGGCCAUCCACCGGAUUACAUUGUAUAUCACGAACUCAUCUUGACGUCCAAAGUCUACGUCUCGACCGUCACGGCAGUUGACCCUCACUGGUUGGCAGAUCUGGGCGGCGUCUUUUACUCCAUCAAGGAGAAGGGCUAUUCAAUUCGAGACAAGCGCAUCACCGAGACGGAAUUCAACCGCAAGAUGGAGAUUGAGGCGAAAAUGGCGGAGGACAAGCGCCUUGACGAGGAGCGUAAACUGGCCGAGGUUGAACGAACGGUCAAGAAAAAGUCCGACAAGGACGAAAAGAAGUUUACCGUUCAAGGUGCGGUAAAGAAGCCAGUGAUCAAGAGACGGGGAAGAGGGUUCUAG